AUGCUCUACAUCCUCGAUUACGGAGCUGGCAAUGUUGCCUCUUUGGGUGAGUCGCACGCUUUUUGUGUACCGUUUCCGAGAUGCUCGACGAGCUGACGAUGAUGCUGGGCUCUCGUGCUUCCGGUGCAGCGAACUCGGUUCGAUCGCUCGGAUUCGACUUCAAAUGGGUAGAGACAGUCGAGGAUAUUGAAAAAGCAGAGGUGAGUGACCUCCGAAGCUCGUUUCGUCGGCUGUACACUCCCUGUGAAGCGUGUCGACCCACCUCCGCUCGUCGUCGUGCACUCACAUUGUCGAUCAGCUCGUGUCUCGGCUGUUUCUCAUGGAUCGGGGUUGCUCCACGAUGACCGAAAUGUGCUCAAACGCUGACGAUGCGAAUACUAUCCCGCAGCGCAUCCUCUUUCCCGGCGUAGGCUCGUUCGACUCGGCGCUGCGAUCGCUUCGUGACAAGGGCUUCGCCGAACCGCUCAAGAAGUACAUCGCCUCGGGUCGCCCCUACAUGGGUAUCUGCAUCGGCAUGCAAGCCCUCUUCCAAUCCUCGUCUGAAUCCUCGUCCGAACAAGGUCUGGGUGUCAUCCCCGCCCACGUCGGCAAGUUCUCUCCCGCAGGAGGCAAGAGUGUUCCUUGCAUGGGAUGGAACGGCGCAGUCCCUCUUCGAGCGGACAGGGCCAAGGCGUUCGGUCUGUCCGGCGAAAGUGCGUUUUACUUUGUUCACUCGUAUCGCGUUGAAUUCGGUCCGGACGUUGAGGACUGGGCGUUGACCUUGACGCAGUACGGCGACGAGGUCUACGUCUCGUCGGUGCACAAAGGCAACGUUUUCGCGACCCAGUUCCAUCCCGAGAAGAGUGGGCAAGCCGGACUGGAUGUUCUCAGGGCUUGGUUGGACCAAGGUGAAGCCGUGGUCGACACGAGUGGACAGCAAAAGCGACCGAGGGCAGAUGUGAACGAGGAACUCGUCGCGCGUGGGUUCACAAAGCGUGUUGUCGCCUGCCUCGACGUCCGAGCGAACGAUCAAGGUGAUCUCGUCGUCACCAAGGGGGAUCAAUACGAUGUACGGGAAGCAGAAGAAUCGACAACAACAGCGACGCCCACACCCUCCAUCAACGCCGACGAGGGAUCCUCUUCCACCGAUGUCCUACCGCCAAAACCUUCGCGAGCCGUGCGCAACCUCGGCAAACCCGUCGAUCUGGCCCGGCGAUACUUUGCCGAGGGCGCGGACGAGAUUGCCUUCCUCAAUAUUACUUCGUUCCGCUCUUGUCCAUUGCACGAUCAACCGAUGCUUGACGUCGUUCGACAAUCCGCCAAGACCGUCUUUGUCCCGCUGACGAUCGGAGGAGGCAUUCGCGAUACGGUUGAUCCUGAUGGAUCGCAACGAAGCGCUCUGGAAGUCGCGGGUACUUACUUCCGAUGUGGUGCUGACAAGGUCUCGAUCGGGUCCGAUGCCGUCUUUGCCGUCGAGGACCUGCUGGAACGAGAGGCCAAGGGCGACGAACCCCUAAGUGGCAAGACCGGCAUCGAGACCAUCUCCAAGGCGUACGGCAACCAAGCCGUCGUGGUCUCGAUCGACCCGAAACGAGUCUAUGCGACCUCUUUGGACCAGAUUCCUGAACCCCACCGAAAAAAUGCUGUUGAUCUUGCUUCGCCUCAGCUGCCGAGCAAGGCACCGACAACGGCGCCUGUCAAACCCGACCUCGGACCGAAGGGCGAGCAGUUCUGCUGGUACCAAUGUACCGUCCGAGGAGGGCGAGAGAUGCGGGACCUCGACGUGGUCCAACUCGCGCAAGGGGUCGAACGCUUGGGCGCGGGCGAGUUGUUGCUCAAUUCGGUCGAUCGCGAUGGGUCCAAAGCCGGCUUUGACCUUCGACUAGUCGACUUGGUCCGAAGCGCCGUCGGGAUCCCUGUCGUCGCUAGUUCGGGAGCGGGCAAACCUGAGGAUUUCGAAGAGGUAUUUAGGGAAACGAGAGCUGAAGCGGCUUUGGCGGCGGGGAUCUUCCACCGCAAGGAGGUGCCCAUCGAGGAUGUCAAAUCGCACUUGAAGCAGAGUGGCGUCAGGGUUCGAAAGGUGUAG